AUGCCUGCCGGUGUCGGAGACGAAGAAACAGCACCUUUCCUCACCGAAUCACCGCCGUCAUCACCGACGAGUGUUAUAACAAUACCAUAUCAACCCUUAGACCUAGAUGACAGUAUCAAUGGAGAUGACAGCGGUAGCUCAAGGUCUCAUGGCUCCGAAUGGACCAUCAGCCAAAGCGCCCGCAGACUCUAUAUAUCUCAUACGCUCUCAACAUGGAAUUCACGAGUCUUCGAAUUCGGAAGCGUUUUAUAUAUUGCCUCCAUCUUUCCAGGAACAUUGAUGCCUCUAGCAAUUUAUUCUAUGGUUCGAGCCGCUGCUGCUAUUACGCUAUCAUCUUGGGUUGGAAAUUAUAUUGACUGUAACGAUCGUCUGAAGACGGUGAGAUUUUCGAUCGUAUCACAACGAUUGGUUGUUGCUGUAUCAUGCGUCAUAUUCAUCGUUCUCAUAAAAGUUCAAGAUUUGUCUCAUGAAUUGAGAAUUGGUUUGCUGGCGGCUUCGAUACUCAUGGCUUGCGUUGAGAAACUGGCAGCUAUCAUGAAUCUCGUCUCGGUGGAAAGAGACUGGGUCAUCGUUGUAGCUCGUUCUGACACUACUGCACUUCGAACAAUGAACUCGCAGAUGAGACGUAUCGAUCUCGUCUGUAAGCUCCUUGGGCCCUUCUUCAUUGGAAUGGUCGACGGCGUUUCGACAGAGACAGCCAUUCUGGUGAAUCUAGCAAUGAACUGCGCAUCAGUUGUGGUCGAGUACUUCACCAUUGCCAGGGUAUAUUAUCAAGUGCCGGAGUUGCAGUACCCCAAGAGCACACCGCAUGCUACACCCCUCAGUGAUGACAAUCGUCAAAGCCUAUGGAUCAAGGUGAAGCGUGGCCUGCAGAAAACGUCUCAGGACCUUCGUCUUUACUUCACCCAUCCUGUUUUCUCUCCCUCCUUUGCAGUAGCACUACUCUACUGUACAGUGUUGUCAUUUGGCGGAGUCAUGGUUACUUAUCUGCUGUCAAGCGGAUACACCUCGUCCCAAAUUGCUGUAAUGAGAACCGUCUCGGUAGCUUUCGAAGUUUUAGCAACGUGGAUUGGACCCUGGGUAAUGAAAAAGAUUGGUCCAGUUCGCGCGGGGCUUUGGUUCCUGAGUUGGCAACUGGGGUGCUUAACAGUCGGUGUAUCAAUCUUUUGGCGGUACGCUGAUAACAUGCUCGUUUCGACGCUGGCACUUGUGGGUGGUUCAAUACUCAGUCGUAUCGGGCUCUGGGGCGUCGAUCUCUCGGCACAGGUCAUCAUCCAAGAGGAAGUCGAGGCGGAGAAUCGAGGAGCCUUUUCUGCUGUGGAAGCCAGUUGGCAAAAUGUGUUCGAGAUGUGUGCGUACACAUCGACCAUCAUAUUCUCGUCACCCAGUCAGUUCCACAACCCAACAGCGCUGAGCAUCACAGCAGUCCUGUUCGCAUGGGUUCUGUACAGCUCGUUUGUAAAGAAGCGACGAGGACAUCUCGUCCACUGGCCGAAUUGCCUAUCUGCAGAGAAGCAGCAAGCAGCAGCGAUAGAUGGAGUGAUCGAGUCGCUGCCUUCGAGAAGAAGGGAGGGGCCUGGAGGGGUUGUAUGA